AUGCUCGGCACUCCUUCCGUUCGUCCAAAUCCCAAUUUCAAUGCCAAUCAAGAUGCUGAAACUCUUCGAAAAGCUAUGAAAGGCCUCGGCUGCAAUAAUUCGAAGGUGAUCAGCGUACUAUGUGGUCGAACAAACUGGCAGAGGCAGGAGAUCGCCAAAGCGUUCAAGGUGAUGUAUGGAAAGGAUCUAAUAAAGGUAAGUGUUUGGAAUCAGCAAUGCCUUUAG